CUCCCCCCGCGGCCGGCCAUGGUCGCUGCCGGCGCAGCCUCGCUCUGGAGUUUCCCUUCCGGGGUCAGAGGUGGCGGCGGGUCCGGAAGCGGCGGCCGGCGGGACCCGGACCCGGACCCGGCACCGGGAGGUGACGCUGCCCUGGUGGCCGAUGUCCCCGGAGGAUGAGCAAGCCCACGGACCUGCAGCACGACCUGGAACGCAGCCUGCCCGCCAUCGCCUCCAUCAGCUCCUCCCUCUCCCAGAGCCAGGGCUUCUCCCCCUACUUCCUCUCCCCGGAGAAGAGAAAAGCCAUCUCGGAUGUGAGGAGAACCUUCUGCCUCUUCGUCACCUUCGACCUGCUCUUCAUCUCCCUGCUGUGGAUCAUCGAGCUGAAUACCAAGGUGGGCAUCAAGGAGAACCUGAAGGAUGAAAUCAUCAACUACAAAUUCAAGACUUCAUUCUUUGAUAUCUUUCUCUUGGCUCUGUUUCGAUUUGUUGUGCUGCUCUUGGGCUACGCCAUCGUUCGCCUGCGCCACUGGUGGGUCAUCGCGGUCACUACACUGGUAUCCAGUGCCUUCCUGAUUGUCAAGGUCAUCCUCUCCGAGCUUCUGACCAAAGGGGCUUUUGGGUAUUUACUUCCCAUCGUCUCAUUUGUCAUUGCUUGGCUGGAGACCUGGUUCCUGGAUUUUAAAGUCCUAACUCAGGAAGCAGAAGAGGAACGAUGGUUCCUGGCAGCCCAGGCUGCAGCCUCGAGGCCACUGCUGUACCCCCGAGCCCUCUCCGAGGGACAGUUCUACUCCCCACCCGAGUCCUUUGCAGGCUCAGACAACGAGUCUGAUGAGGAAGGUGUGGGGAGGAAGGCCUUGACAACUCAGGAAAAGGAGUAUGUCCGACAAGGCAAAGAGGCCAUGGAGGUUGUGGACCAAAUCCUUGCCCAGGAGGAGAACUGGAAGUUCGAGAAAAACAAUGACUUUGGUGAUGUUGUUUACACUUUUGAAAUCCCUUUCCACGGCAAGACCUUUAUUUUAAAGGCUUUCCUGCAGUGCUCCCCUGAAAUGGUUUACCAGGAGGUGAUUCUGCAGCCCGAGAAGAUGAUCCUGUGGAACAGAACAGUGGCAGCUUGCCAGAUCUUGCAGCGGGUUGAGGACAACACGAUCGUCUCGUACGACGUGGCGGCCGGAGCUGCUGGUGGGGUGGUGUCCCCAAGGGAUUUCGUGAACGUGCGUCGGAUCGAGAGGAGGAGAGACAGGUACGUGUCCUCAGGGAUGUCGACCACGCACAGCCUGAAGCCUCCGCUCUCCAAGUACGUCAGGGGUGAGAAUGGACCUGGAGGAUUCAUCGUCCUGAAGUGUCCCAGCAAUGCCAAGGUCUGCACCUUCAUCUGGAUUCUCAACACAGAUCUGAAGGGUCGCCUGCCCAGGUACCUGAUCCACCAGAGCCUGGCUGCCACCAUGUUCGAGUUCGCCUUCCACCUGCGCCAGCGCGUGGCCGAGCUCUGCCCCAAGCCCUGAGGACAUUCCAGGGCCCUCUCUGCUCUCUGGGCCGAGCUCUGCCCCAAGCCCUGAGGACAUUCCAGGGCCCUCUCUGCUCUCUGGGCCGAGCUCUGCCCCAAGCCCUGAGGACAUUCCAGGGCCCUCUCUGCUCUCUGGGCCGAGCUCUGCCCCAAGCCCUGAGGACAUUCCAGGGCUCUCUCUGCUCUCUGUCUGUGGGGACAGGACCCUGCACCCCCCCAGCCAAGGAGGGGUCCCCCCACUACCAGCCAGGGGGGCUCAGCCUCUCCUCCCACCACGGUUGCCCCCCGAUGCUUGAGGGCUCUGGACCCGACUGUUCUGUGCCAAAUCCCUGCCCUGGGGGCUGGGCAGGCCCCCCCUCCCCAAAACCGGGUUGGGGGCUCAGCUGGCACCCCCAGAUUGCUGUCACUGCUCCCCAAUUCCGUGAGGAAGAGGGGACAGAGGUGGUGCCCAUGUCACAGCUGAACCCUGUGCCAGGCUCUGCACCAGCAGGGGGAA